UAAUCCUCGAGACCUUGGCUUCGUUGUAACCUCUUACUCCUUGUGCAUGUCACUUGCAGUGGAGAUCGGCUCUUUGAAGCCCCCCCUUAGAGCUUAAGCAUAUCUUGCUCGAUCUGCAGGUCGGGAUCCGACUGAGAUGGGUCGAUCACCAUGCUGUGACAAGGUGAACCUGAAGAAGGGACCUUGGACUGUGGAGGAAGACCAGAAGCUGCUCGCUUAUGUUGAGAAGCACGGCCAUGGGAGCUGGAGAGCGUUGCCCGCCAAAGCCGGACUGCAGAGGUGUGGGAAGAGCUGCCGGUUGAGAUGGACCAACUACCUUCGACCGGACAUCAAAAGGGGGGAGUUUAGCCCGCAGGAGGAGAAGACCAUCAUCCAACUCCAUGCUCUUCUUGGGAACAGAUGGUCCGCGAUCGCCAGCCAUCUGCCCAAGAGAACCGACAACGAGAUCAAGAACUACUGGAACACCCACCUGAAGAAGCGGCUGGCCAAGGUGGGCAUCGAUCCUUGCACCCUCAAGGCCACCAGCAACACCCUCAGCUCCGCCGACGGCCGACCCAGGAGCGCUGCCAACCUCAGCCACAUGGCUCAGUGGGAGAGCGCACGCCUCGAAGCCGAGGCCCGCCUGGCGAGGGAGUCAAAGCUGCGUGCAGCUUCCGGUUCCAUGAACCUACAGCAGCAGCAGCAGCAGCAGCAACAGAUGAGAUCCUCGUCGUUGGGCGAACCCAUUUCAUCUCCCUGCCUCGACGUGCUCAGAGAACGGAAGAACACUCCAGGCGAAAACGUCGACCUGGAGUCACCCACCUCCACGUUGAGCUUCCCGGAGAACCGUCCUCCAACGACGGAGUCCGGCACCGGGCUCGUGGACGGCGAUGUGGCCGUCGCACCGGCGAGCCAGCAAGGAAGCGAGAACUCGGAGCCAGAAGGCGCGGAGUGGAGAUUCUCGGGAAAUGAUACAACGGACUGCCUCACAGGCUUCUCUGUCGAGGCCUUCGAUGGGGAGGCGCCAUGGCUAUCGGAACCGUACGCUUCGCAGGCAGGGUGUUCAUGGGGGCAAUUCGGAGCAGGAUUCACCGGAAUGCUGUUGGGUGAGUUCGGGGAGCAGAAAACUCGGGACCACUCCCGAGAUUCCCAUACGAAUGGGCACGAGACCUGCGCCGACGAGGAAGAAGAGGAGGGGGAGGAGAACCGGAACUACUGGAACAGCAUUCUUAACUGGGUCAACUCUCCCUCCUCCAGUUCCUCCCCGGUGUCCUACAACCCAGAUUAAGGCACUUCCCUCGCGUCUUUUACGUACAUCUUCCACGCCAUGAACCACUAGGCAAUCACGUAUCCUCCCUCUGAGAUCGAACCUGUCUCGAUACUCUCGGAACCACACCGAGAUUAGAUAAAACAAUAAGAAAACGCUGAGAGAUUGUUCAUUCUCUCGCUCUCUCUCCUUCCUUUCAUUUAGUUGUGUUUAUUUCCUCUCAUGAUUUGCUAUAUAUCCUGCAACUCUGCUUGCAAAUCUUAACACAGAAUUCAUUGCACGAGAUUCGAACUGGA